GAUUGGCUGGGUAUUAUUAGAAAAAACAAAUUAUUGGAAUUUAUGAUCAUCAAAAGCAAAAACAUGGGUAGUUUUAACUCAGUAUUGAUCUUCUUCAUCUACUUGUUUAUUCUUUCUAAGGUGUCGAUCACCAUACAGUACACCACUGCACAGCCAGAUUAUGUUUAUCAUUUUUGUUUGGGAGAAAAUUACACCACUAACAGUAGAUUUCAGACUAAUCUCAAUCUUCUUCUUCCUUCACUUUCCUUAGCCGAGACUUCAAUCAUAAACAACGCAUACUAUAAUAACACAGUUGGGGAAAGCGCCGAUACAAUUUACGAAUCUUUGCAGCGUAGACCUGAUGUGACAUUUGGUGAUUGCCAAAGUUGUGUUGAAAUGGCUAAUCAAGAGAUCAAAGGUAGAUGCCCGAAUUCUAAACAAGCAAUUAUUUGGUAUGAGGUGUGUAUGUUAAGGUAUUCAAACCAAUAUUACUUUAAUAUUAUGCAAGAAAGUCCAGCAGUUUACUUGUUUAAUACUAAUAAUGUUUCUAAUCCGGAUAAGUUUAACCCAAUUUUAGAUGAUUUAAUGAAUGAUUUAGUAAAAGAAGCUACAUCUAGUUCUUCUACUAAUUUUGCUACUCUAGGUAAACACUUUGAUGAUUUUGGAAAAGUAUAUGGAUUAGUACAGUGUACUGCAGAUAUGCCUUCAAAUACUUGUAAUCGAUGUCUUCUUGGAGCCAUAUCUGAAAUACCAAAUUGUUGUGAUGGGAAACGAGGUGGAAGAGUUAUAAGACCUAGUUGUAAUUUUAGAUAUGAGGUAUAUCCUUUCAUGGGACAUAUCAAUACUCCAUCACCACCUUUUAUAGCAUUUCCUGCUCCUCUCCAACCACCGCCUUCUCUCGGGUCACCACCAUUGACGACGAAUACAACCUCACCAAAAUCAAAUGGGAAUAACUCAUCUAUACUUGCAAUUGGUAUAAUUGUCCCUCUGAUUAUUACAGUACUUUCUGCUAUUGCCUUUUGCUUUUUCUGUUUAUGGAGAAAGAAAACCAAGACAAAUAAAUUUGAUUAUUUCAAUAAUGAAAUUCGAAGUACAGAAUCCUUGCAAUUCAACUUUGGUACAGUUGGUGCUGCAACAAAUAAUUUCUCCGAAGCUAAUAAACUCGGACAAGGUGGAUUUGGCUCUGUUUAUAAGGGCAUACUUUCAGACAGCCAGGAAAUUGCCGUGAAAAGGCUAUCAAAAAAUUCCGGUCAAGGCGAACAAGAAUUCAAGAAUGAAGUUACCUUAGUAGCAAAACUGCAACACAGAAAUCUUGUGAAGCUUGUUGGUUUCAGUCUAUCUGGUGAAGAAAAACUACUCAUCUAUGAAUUCAUGCAAAAUGCCAGCCUUGACCAAUUUCUUUUCGAUUUCGGCAUGGCUAGGCUUUUUGUACUUGACCAAACUGAAGCUAGUACUAACAGAAUAGUUGGAACGCAUGGCUACAUGGCUCCAGAGUAUAUAAGGGAUGGUGAAUUCUCUGUGAAAUCAGAUGUUUUUAGUUUCGGUGUCUUAGUUUUAGAGAUACUUUGUGGAAAGAGGAAUAGCAGUUUUCAUAAAACAAAUAUUGCUCGUGACCUUCUAACCUAUGCAUGGAAACAUUGGAAUAAUGGAUCUGCUACAGAAAUAUUAGAUCCAACUUUGAAAGACAAAUGUUCUAGAGGUGAAGUGAUUAUAUGCAUCCAUGUUGCGUUAUUAUGUGUUCAAGAAAAUGUUGCAGAUAGACCUACAAUGCCUACAGUUGUCCAAAUGCUCAACAACUCAGUCAGUACCAUUCAUGAUUUACCUUCAUCGCCUGCAUUUUUUGCUGAUACUGCGAGACAUAUAGAUCCCCAUCCAACCUUAUAUCCAGGCUACAGUGAAGAACAGGGAAUCGCAAACAACAGGUCAAACACGAAUACACCAAACUGGAGCGUGAAUGAAGCUUCAGUUACUGAAUUAUACCCUCGAUGAUUACAUUCUAUACUAAUCGAAAUACUUUCAGAAUUACAUUCAGUUUAGAGAAAAUUAGACUUCUUUUUAGUUUCUAUUAAUUUGUGAGCUAUCUUAAGGUUUGAACCUGCAGUUUGGAAACUUGCACCCUUGUUAAUAUAUGAAUGAUCUU